AUGACUACUUUCCCCAAUGAGACAGAUGAGACAGGCUUCUCCUCCCUCUCUCCAUCAUACCCCCCCUCCCCCUCCCUCACACCGUCCAUCUCCCUCACCUCCAACCCUUCCUCUUCCUUCGCCUUCUCCCUCUCCACCUCCUCUCCGUCCAACUGCUCCAGUUCUCCCUCGUCCUCCUCCCCUCCCUAUAACUUCUACGCCGUGCUGCUGGUGCUGCUUAUCUUCUGCGUGGUGUUUGGCAACAUGCUAGUUUGUGUGGCGGUGUCGCGCGAGCGCGCCCUCCAGACUACCACCAACUACCUCAUCGUCUCCCUGGCCGUGUCCGACCUGCUGCUGGCCACCCUGGUCAUGCCCUGGGGCGUCUACCUGGAGGUGGUAGGGGAGUGGCGCUUCAGUCUCAUCCACUGUGACAUCCUACUGACCCUGGACGUCAUGAUGUGUACUGCCAGCAUCCUCAACCUCUGUGCCAUCAGCAUCGACAGGUACACGGCGGUGGCGAUGCCCAUGCUGUAUAACACCAGAUACAGCUCCAGGAGGCGGGUGGCUCUGAUGAUUGCUGUCGUGUGGUUCCUCUCCUUCGCCAUCUCCUGCCCUCUACUGUUUGGACUCAACAACACAGCCAGUCGAGAGGAGACCAAGUGUGCCUUCGCUGAUCCGUCCUUCGUGGUCUACUCAUCCGUGGCCUCCUUCUACGUUCCUUUCAUCGUGACCCUGCUGGUGUACGCCCAAAUCUGUGUGGUGCUGCGGAGGCGGGGACGACGCACCGUGCCCCGCAGACACGGCCUGCACCCACAGGGAGGAGGCAAGACGGGGGAGGGCCACAGGCACAGGAAGAAUAAGUGUACCCACCCCGAGGAUGUGAAGCUGUGCACUCUGAUCAUGAGGCCCCCCACCAGCGCCCCCCAACGCAAGAAAGUGACGUUAGUGAAGGAGGCAGUGGUGCACCCCCUGGAUGAGGAACCUGUGGGGCGUGGUUUCCUGUCCCAGUUAGACCAGAGCCUCCCCCCACCUCACCCCCCUCCCCCCUCCGGACAAGCCACCAAGGUCUCCCUUUCUAUCUCGGUGGCGCCCGCGCCCUUCCUGUCCCCGUCGGUGGCACCACGCUCCGCCCUCGUACCCCGCCGUGCCACCUUCGAGGACGGCAUGAGUGGCCGCGAGCGAUGGAGGGAGCGCAAUGCAGACAGGGAGAAGGGAGCGAUGGCGAAGGAGAGGGUGAAAGGGACCCUGUCGCAGCAGAAGGAGAGGAAGGCGACCCAGAUGCUGGCUAUCGUGCUAGGUGUGUUCAUCAUCUGCUGGCUACCCUUCUUCCUGACCCACGUGCUGAAGGCCCACUGUGGCAGCUGCUGUAUCUCCCCCUCCCUGUACAGUGCUGUCACCUGGCUGGGCUACCUAAACAGUGCCGUGAACCCCGUCAUCUACACCACCUUCAACAUCGAGUUCCGCAAGGCUUUCAUCAAGAUCCUAAACUGCUGAGUACAGGGAAGAAGAGGAGGGGGGAGAGUGGGGGGAAGGACAAGUGUGAAAAGUGUUUGAGUAGUGGAGAGAGGCAAAAAAAGGUCAGAGACUAGAAAUAAAACUAAAGAAGGGAAAGAGAGAGGUGAAAACAAAGACAAGAAGGGAGUGGAAGAAGAGAUAGAGGGGGAUGUAGAGAGAGGCGACGGAGAAGAUAAAAAGGAGAAUUUAAGAGGUCAAACAGAAGAGCAAGUGAAUUAAGACAGAAAUUGGGAAUUAUACAGAGAUGAUGUACACGUCUGUAAAUAUAAAACAUAACAGGGGGAGAGAAAUAUUCUGAAGGUUCUAUGGGAAGAGAUGGGUUUCUCAUGGGGUAGGGCACAAACAGUGGCAAAAGACAGACUACAGUGGCAGAAGACUGUCCCGCUACGUACGAGGGUGACGUACGAGGAUGACUAAGUAAAUGUAUUGCUCUCUGAUACCGCUCUCGAACAUACUGUCAAAGCGUCCGCAGACUUUGUCCUGUUUUUACUCCGAUACAGUUAUUUACAGUUUGUAAAUUACGUUAAUAAAAUGACAUAGGUAGUCUUUUAAGGAGAUACACAAUCAAUCUGCACCAUCAAGCGCAAUUUUUCGUCCCAGUGUAAACAAGCCUAUAAGAGAUGUAUUAUAUUUAGAACAUGAUGAUGUUGGUGAAGAUAUGAUGCAAUAAUAACAUGGUGAUAUGAUGAGCGACUAAUCAAGGUUUGUUCAUAAGGUAUAUGUAUAUAUUGUUGUUUAGAGUUUGUUAAUGUGAGCUCUGCUGUAAAUAUCUGUAUUACUGUUAUUGUACAUGUAAUACAUUAUAUUCUACUCAUGUUGUUGCUGGUCUAUUUCAAGUUUGCUGUGGGUUAGGGUCAAUUCGAAUUGAAGUCAGUCAAUUCUGGAAAUAAAGAUAUUUUCCAAUUGAAUAAUAACGCAGAAAAAAGUUGUAUUUUCAAUGACCACUUAUUCAGCUGAGGAGAAGCUAUUUCAAAAGUCUAGCCGUUUUUGUAUUUUAAAUUCAAAUCACUUCCUGAAUUGACUAACUUCAUUUCAAAUUGACCCCAACCCUGCUGUACUGGUCAAACAAUAGACAGAAAUUGACUAAUUGGUUUUCAAAACUGUUUAAAUACAUUUGCUCUCUACGUUGAUCUGUGGCUCUUCUCUCAGCACUUCUUUAACCCCUCUGGUGGUGAAGCAGUGUGGACGCUCCCUAUGCUUGUCUGCCAACACCUGUCUGCUACAGUAAUGUGAGAGGCCAAACAAAUGCUGCUGAUGUGAAACAGGACUCACACACACAGAGAUAGUGGGUUAGUGUAAGUCACUGACAGCGUUGGUGCGCGCCCCCCAUUG